UAAUGUGAGGGGGAUGCGGAUUAGCUCAGUUUUCUCAAGGUAAAGGUCAAUCUCGGCGACGGAUCUCAAGGAUAAAAAGAUGCCUCGUUAUGAAGAUCGUCACGGAAGCACGCGACUCUAUGUUGGUCACUUGUCCUCUCGAACACGGACUCGUGAUGUUGAACGUCUCUUUAGCAAAUAUGGAAGAGUACGUGAUGUUGAUAUGAAGCGUGACUUUGCCUUUGUCGAUUUUAGCGAUCCCAGAGAUGCUGAUGAUGCAAGGUACCGCUUAGAUGGAAGAGACGUUGAUGGAAGCCGCAUUGUUGUUGAAUUUGCUAAAGGGAUACCGCGUGGUUCUGGUUCUGGUUAUGGUUCUCGAGAGAUAUCUUCAAGCAGAGGAGGACCUCCUCCAGGAAGUGGGCGCUGCUUCAACUGUGGUCUUGAUGGACACUGGGCUAGAGAUUGCACCGCUGGUGACUGGAAGAACAAAUGUUAUCGAUGUGGCGAUAGAGGUCACAUUGAGAGGAACUGCAAGAACAGUCCCAAGAAGCUCAAGCGGGACCAAAGUUACUCGAGAUCACCAGUUAGGUCUCGAUCACCUCCUCGUCGUAGAAGAAACCGCAGCAGAAGCAGAAGCAGAAGUCCAAGCUACAGUCGCUCAAGAUCCCCGGUUAGGACUGAAAAGGCACGGACACCUGAACCAGCUGCAAGGAGUAGAAGCCCUGAACCAACGGUGCUUAACUCACCUCCACUCAAAGAUAGAAACCAUAGCCUAAGUCCCAAUGCAGACAGCCCAAUGCGUGAGAACAACGGUCAAACCCCGAAAGAUGAAGAAAACGGCAAUGGAACCAAUGGACAAGAGCACAGUCCUAGAGACGAACCCAGUCCCUGA